AGGAUCACCGCAGCACACGCCCUCCACCCAACGCAGCAAAAAUAGCACAAGUCAUUAAUAGAAAAGGAAUGGAGAAGUUUCGCCACUUUGGCGACGCCGCCACCGGCAUCCACCCCUUCACCGUCGUCGUCGCCCCCACCACGCUGGGCCGCAUCGGGGCCACCUGUAUGUUCCCCAUGCGCCUGCUCUUCAGCACCGUCUUUGUACUUCUGCUGCUCCUCACCGACACGUUACUGUGGGUGCUCUACCGCGUUUACUUGGGCAUACUAGGUCAGCUUCUCCUUGCCCCGCUGCAGCGGGCGUCGAUCCGGGGGCUGCUCUUCUUUAUUGGGCACAUCCUCCCCGAUCAGCCCACCGUUAUUACCCAGCUGAGCAGCAGCAACGCCAAGAAGGGUGUCGUCACGUCCCGUCAGGUGCGCGCCGGUGACGUGGUGGUGUGCAACUUGCAAUCUGUGUGGGAUGGUCCGGUGCUGGAGGUGAUGCUGGCCCAGCCCUACCACGCCCUUUGCUUCCCCGAUGCCACCGCCACGGCGGGUCCGGCGCCGGGGCUGCGUGUGUUCUGGCCAAGUCCGCUGCAGCGUUGGAAAGUGUGGGGCUUCGUUCGUCGCACCGGCACUUUGGACUUCCUAACCGCCCAGCAGACCCUCGCGAAGAAGGACGAGGCGCUGCCGCUGUACCGCGUGCAGGACGCCGCGGCAACGGCGGGGGUGCCGGUUUGGUGGUGCGGCGAGGGGACCUGCAGUAACGGCAAAGGGCUGUUACCCAUGCCUGCUGCGAUCUGCCGCUCAUGUGCACCCACACCGACGACGGCGCAGUGCUCUGUCUACGUGGCCACGAUUCAAUACGACUCGCCAGCCCUGCAGAAUGUUCUUGGGAGCGACGUGGAGGACGUCUUCAGCUUCCUCUUUCGCACCAGUGUGCUGCUGUACGGCAGCACCGCGCCUGCGUGGUCGAGCCCCUUCUUCCCUUCCGCAGAGGUCACCUUCGGCGCUGCCGGCCUCACACGCGCUACGGCCUACGAGGCGGAGGGCGCUCAUGCAAACGCGAAGAGCUCGAGUGCCGCCACGUACUGGACGCUGAACCCAUCCGCGGUGUUGGAGCUGCGACACGCGAUGUGUCAGCGGGGACAGGCGCUUGUCGUGAGCGGCGGCGGCAGCGGCGGCGCAGCCGUGCGUCGUCAGCCGCUCUCUGUCGGUGUGAAGGAGAAGAAAGGCUUCGUGGAAGCCUACGUGGCCAUGCUGUUGCCGAAGGACGUGAAGUGA